UUAACGACGUGCAACUUAAUAUCUAUUUCUACAGGAUGUUUUAUCUGGUAUUCAUCGGCGACAAGUGUUCAACUCCAGGCCAUUUUCAACAUGGGUGGGAUAAAAGGUAACGUCAUAUUCUACCAGUCGCAACAAGGUAGUCCCACAAGUAUCUUACUUAACUUAACAGGUAUCGAGAAUGAAACCCUGACUUGGGAUAUUCGACAACUUCCAAUGAUCUACGAUGGUAAUGCAGCUAUGAGUUGCAGUCCAAGCGCAGUUGGAGAUCUGUUUGACCCUGCGAUGGCCAUGAAAUCUGCAGACUACAAUAGCUCGUGCAGUCAAUCAAGUUCUUCAAGAUUUCAAGCAUGUGCCACUGGUGACUUGACAGGAAUGCUGGGAGCUAUAAAUGCCAGCAACGCACAGAAAUAUUUUACAGACCAGAAUUUGACUGUUCCUAUCAGAGGGGCCAACAGCAUCAUGGGUAGAACACUUGUUCUUUACAAGGAUGGCACACCAAGGGCUUGCUCACUGAUUAGUCCGGAUAAAGUUAUGCUUACAGCAGUAGCUGUCUUCACGAUGCCGGUUGCUGGUUUUGUGUAUCUGAGGCAAGCUGAUGAGAGCGCAGAUACAACUAUAUUCGUUAACCUCUUCCAUUCCAACGAUGCUCAAUCUGGUAGACGGGUCACAUGGCAGAUAAACCAAGCAUCAGCUACUUGCGGAAUGCCCGGUGACGUUUUCAAUCCUGAAAACAGGGACAAGCAAAAUUGUAGCCAGUUAGAACACGAAAAAUGUCUGAUUGGUGAUUUGACUUCCAAGCAUGGAAACAUCACUGUCUCCAUGGCAACAAGAGGACAGUCCAAAACCAAAGUGGCCUUUACCGACACCAACCUUCCACUUACUGGUGUCAAAAGCGUUAUUGGCAAGACAAUUACAUUGUUCUCAAAUGACGAUUCAAUGACCCCUUUUGCUUGUGCAAAGAUAAUGCAAGUAAAACCGAGAGUUCUCAUAUCUACUUUCAAAGCCAGUGUUCAUGAUGGUGUAGACGGCUAUUUCAAGUUUACACAGCUCUCUCCCUUUGAUCCCACGAUGACGGAAAUAAGGCUCACUGGAUUAAGAAAGGAGUCUCAGGGAUAUCACAUUCACAACUAUCCCAUGCCAUGGCAAAUGAAGUACACCGGAAUGGAAUCCUGUGCAGGGAGUCACUUAGGAGGACACUGGAACCCCUUUGGCGUGGAUGUCAAGUCCAGUCCUUCGCCUGGAACUGGUAUGUAGCUAAGUACAAUUUUAGCCUUAAUUUUACAAUUUCCUCCUCAUAUAAUUCUAAGAGCUGAAACGUCACACACGCAUGAUAAACAGUUCAUGUAUUUUUCCAUACGUUUUCAUGGACCACAAGCCCAUUCAAUUUAUUUAACGAUCACUCCAUCUUCCAUAUUUUUGAUGAUUUUUCAAAAGUUAUCUAGUACGUUACACCAAACAUCCAUCACAGGGUUACCCAGCCGGUCGCCGGUACCCAUUUAUACCCCUGGGUUCACCACCAAAGUGGAGCAAAGUACUUGUCCAGGGAAGCUACUCUGCAGCCUGACUUUAGCCCGGAUCUUCGGAUCUCUCACGAGGUUUUUUUUAACGUUGACACCCCUUUUCUAAUAGGAACGAAUGAUCAGUACGAAAUCGGUGACCUUAGUGGGAAAUAUGGAACUUUUCUUAACCUAACAAGCUACAACGGAACGCAUUUGGACUACAAUCUUCCAUUGUUUGGUAAAAACAGCAUCCAGGGUCGUUCUGUUGUCAUCCAUAAAAUGAAAGUAAUGAACAGCAUGAGAUGGGUCUGUGCAGAUGUCCAUCAGAAAAUGGCUGAAGUGGACCAAAUGUUUGUCAUGAAAACCAAAAUAACUUUUACGGGUCCAGAUGUUAUGGGGUACAUACUUUUGGUAAGUGAGUUUUAUUGCCAUUAUUCUGUCUAAAAACGCGAUCGAGGAAAAAAAAAACAAAAACAAACGAACAAAAAAACUUUUCAGAAAAAAAAAAAAACAGCAGAACUAGUUGAUAAUUCUAACUGUCAGAAUUGCUAUUUAUGACAUUCUUUAUUUACUUUUAAUGUCUGUAUUCUUAUAUAUAUAUAGCGAUACAUUCUUAUCAUACAUUUUAUAGAUAUAAUUUCGUCACUAUAUUUAUAAUCUUAAGAAUUUUAUUUCUGUAUCUGUUUUUGUUGUGUCCCAAAUUAGCUUGUAAGUUAAAUAUCCUGACACGUAAAUAGAGUUUAUUAUUAUUAUUAUUUUGGCAGACCGAUCAUGCUCAAUUGAAACAGUUGUGCGAGAUAUUUCUCUGCGCUUGAAAAUAUGGCGUAGCAUUUCUAUGUCCAGCAUAUUUAAAAGAUUUGUUUUGUUUUUACUUCUUAAGGGAGCUGUGUCACGAAAUUCAGCCAAAUUAGGAACUUACAAGAUGCCCGUUAAAUUAAGAGAAACAUAAAAAUAACCACUUUUAACUUUAAAGGAAGGUUAAAAUAACAAAGCAGAAGCAACAGAUGGCACGGAUGGGCAAAACUGAAGAAGACUGAAACGGAUUGAAAUUAGGGUUUUUGAAAACUGUUCAGCCUAACAGUUUUUCAAAGUUGAUCCCUGCUGUUUGCAACUUCAAAAAUAAUGCUCAGGAGACAUAUUUGUUUGUCUCGCAUCUCUGAUUUUGUCAUUUACAUGUAAUUUCUUUGCUUCUUUUAAGUUCCAUAACGAUUGGGGGCGCGUAAUUGGCAAUUAAAAUUAAACAAGAUGAACUGUACUGCUGUGACGCAGCCCCUGUAAGGUAGUUAAGCGGACAAUGAACCAUGUCCAAUUCACCUAUUUAGUUCAUAUACCGUGGGACAUAUGUCCAUAUGUAAAUAUCGAGAUAAGAUUUUCCAGAGCCUUUAUGCAUUUCCAGUCAUGAGAAAAAAAGAGAAGACAGAACAUAAUCUCAAAGCAAAGACAAGCAUGCCAAAAUCUUUCACUUAUACAUCAACCUCAUUUAAUUUGUUAUUCAGAUUGACCAUGAAAACAUAGUCUUGACAACUGUUUCAACUCCACUUUAUAGAUACAGUACAAGACGUCCGAUAGCUCUAUGUCGCCCGAGGAGACAUCGAUUUAUGUUCAUCUGUCGUAUGGGAACGAGGCAGACAAACAGGUAAAAUAAUAAUUAGCACAACUACUUCUUUGUUCUAUCUGAAACUAGCUGCAUGGUUAGCGUAACGUAGCUUGAGCUAACCAACCGGUUGCAAAUAAGACAAGGAAAAAGAACGCGAGAGUGAAUAAGUUAGCCCGAUGGGAAAAUUGAAAGUGGGUGGGGGUUGUUGGGAGGCCGGAACCUAUUUCCCUUCCCCUUUAGCUUCGAUGCUUCGUUUUAGCGUCCUACCCCCCGAUCGAUAGGCAGCCCGGUACACAGGGUAUGUAGUCUCUGAAAAUAUCAAACGUUUUUUUACGCCAUUUUCUUGUUCAGUUACUGUGGGCUUGUGGUAUAGCGAAAGUCACGCUGACGUCACCUGUUGAUAUUAAUAUGCCAAUCACAAGCGCGUUGGUUCUUGCAACAAAAGAUUCUUUGUUUUACUCCUUACAAAUUUGAAUAACAAAAACAAUCUCUGUAAACAGUGAUGUAUUCUAUAGCUUGACUUAUGCUGUUUUUUUCAUCAGAGUAUGAAUCACUCGUGGCACGUGCACGUGAAUCCCGAAGGAGGGGACGCUCACGCUGCGAUGGGCGAGAGAUGCAAGAGUCUGGGGGGACAUUAUAAUCCUUAUAAUGUUGACCUGGCUGUAAGUAUUGUCGCUUGUAUAAUAAACCCUUAAGCUCUUAUGGUAACUUACGAUCACGAUUCCUUUUAUCAGUCCUUGAGAAGACAUUUUUUUUUGCCAGGACGUGGCUACCAUGAAGUUUCUGAAAUGAAAUCAUACUUGUUACAGUUUAAUUAACAAGGAUUAACUUUAAUUUCUAAAUGACCUUAGAAAGUCCAGGAACGGCAUAAGAAAUAUCCUCUGCUGUUCUCGUGCACUAGUUUGCUAAUUUGGCGUGGGAAAAUACUUAACUGAUAAUAACCAAAAAAGAAAUUUAAGAUGGUUAAACGGUUACUUAGGCCAUGCAAAAAAAUUGUCAGUUGUGAGUUAACCACACUCGUAAAUCAGUUUGUCAUUUAAAUUUAUGGCUAUUUAUCAGUUGACAUCAAUUAAAAAUUCAAGCCGUUUGUCAAUUGUGAGACCCUCACUAUGAUGUUAGAGAGCUGUUCUGACUUACGAUGUCCAGAAUCGACGUUAGUUUGUUUGAUACUCUCGUAAUGGCAUCGCCUGACAUAUACUCCAAAAAGCACCAAAUAAAAAGCUAGUUCUUUCCGCACGCAAAAGUUAAAUGCUAUUCGGAAGGUGAGUAAGAAGAAUAUCAUUGGCAGUGAAGCUUGACAAACGUUAAAAAAAAAAAUUGGACUACAGGAUGUCGUGUUUCAGUUACUAGGUUGUACUACUUCUACGCUUGAAGGAUUUUUUGUUGUAUUCAUUACUUACAGAUCUAUACUGUAUGUUUGUGUUUACAGGGAUCGUAUAAGUCAUCCUGUUUUUCUAGCAAUAUGUUGCGUUGUGAAGUUGGUGAUCUUUCUGGCAAGCAUGCGCGGCUGAAUGUUGGUUCAGGGAAGCAGUUUUAUACGGAUCCAAGCCUUCCAUUAUUUGGAGAAAUGUCAGGUAAAGGAGGAACCUUAACCUCUACUUACAUCUCAAUAGUUUCUCGGGGAGUUUUACUGUGCAUCAUCAAAAUAGGAAGGAAACAGCCCCAGACUGUCAAAGAAAAGAACAAUAUGUCGGUUUUUUAAUGGACUUAUGGUUUUACUUAAUCAUCAGUCAGUAGUCAUGAUCAGCUAAUUAAGUCAGUGAAAUUGAUUUUGACCAGUGGUGGAUUUGUUGGCCUUUUUUUCAUAAACAAUUUCGAACAGUGAUUCACUGAUGUGUGCAAUAUUAAUUUUUUUUCCAGUUGUUGGUCGUGGGGUUGUCGUGCACGCCGAAAACGCUGGAGCAGCCCGCCUUGCUUGUGCUACCAUCAAACCAGUAGAUUCUCUGUAUGUUGAGAAGACACUACACUACGUAGAAGGGACGACAUUUUCCAGGUAGGUUUUGCCCAGUUGAAUUUAUAGGCCAUGAUAUGCCAAGAGCUGAAACAGUGGAAGUGUGGUGUUCUGAGUAGGGGAAGAAGACGUGACAGUAGGGGGAAGGAGCAGAUUUGGUGAGGGAGGUGUUGGCGAGGGCAAUUUUCAUGGAUCAGGCGGACGAGGGGGGACGACCUUUUGUAGCUUUUGGGGGGAACUGGGGGGGGUGGGGGGGGGGGGGGGUGCUUUAACACAGAGAUUGUUAUGUUGCUAUGGUAACAUGUUUUAAAUGUCAAGGAAAUGAUCUCCAUUUGCUCCCAGUAGUUGCCAUUUGUUUCAUACCACUUUUAAAAGGUGUCAGCAAAUGGUAAAAAUACAGACGCGCUUGUCAUCAAAGAGUAAGGUUUAAGGAACAACACUGAAGGCUGCCACCUUAAGUGGGUGGCCGAGAUAACUUGUCAUAAAAUCAUUUAAAAUUGGCGCCAAAACUUCUGUUUUUCUCUCUCCUUUAAACCGUUCUGAAACUCAUAGUCAAGUACACCAGAUUGAAAAUUUCCACUUAUAGUUAAAUAGAAAAUCUGAUGCUAAUUUCCGCACAAGUUGUCGAAACGUCAGACAACUGAUUUUGCAUGCAGGUCAACACUCAACGAUUGAUGAUAUACGACGAGACCUGCUCGUAAAAUAACCCCUGAGUUUUGAUAUUUCACCCUCCAGUGAUAAAGGGAUUACGAAUUCCUGUAGCGUGAACUAUUACUGCCGUACUCAUUCAAAAAAAUCUUAGAUCUAUAUUGCGAUUCUGAAGACUGCGAUAGCAUCAGAACGCAACCCUGGGAUGGAGGUGAGACGCGCCCGAAGCCAGGGGAAAGCGCUAUUGGGACGAGGUGGGAUAUACACACUCCUCGCUCGGUCAUAAUAUCCAAGACAAAGCUGAAUUUAAAAUGUCCUUUCGUUAUCUUGUAGAUUGAACUUUACAAAAAGGGUUUCAGCGUUGCUUAACAUCCCAGAGUGGCGGAUAUUUUACAUUAGAAUGGAGAACAGUCAAGUUCAAGGCUGUAUGACUGUCAAGUUUGGAAUCAUUGGAAAUGGUUAGUGAAAAAGUGUAAACCUUUGUUAGUCUCUCGAUUUGAUAAAAUUUUAUUAGUCAAUGAGUCACUAUAAAGGGGAAAAACUCAUCCAGUUCAUUAGAUUUCAAAGUUAUAAAAGCUUCAAUCUUUAAUUUUGUGCAAAGAAUUUAAAUAAUGUCAGCCCUCCAUUGGUGAACUGCAUUGCCAAUUCUUCAUGAAAUUGAGAUUCAGAAACAAAGUUGCUCAAGACAUAUCUGUUAUAAUUUAAAAUCUCGAAUGUUCGUCCGUUGGUCGCUGACUUUUCACUCUAUUUAUAUUCAGAGUUGCUACGAUUAUAGCUUUAUGAGAAAUGAAGAGUUAUUCAUGCUAAUGAGGCAGAAAUUUUGAACAAGGAUUCGCCUCUGGAUGUGAUUAUUUAUAACUAGAAAGGUUUUAACGAUUUAUAUUUUUUAUUUAACCACUGACAGAAAAGCAAGUCGAUGAACCAUCCAAAGCCUUCGAUCUCAUUUUACAAAGAUCCUCAGGAAAACUAAUGGAGUUUCAACCUAAAGAUAAAUGUCGCAAACCAGGUAAGAAACAAGAGACAUGUUUUCCUGUAAGGUUACAGUGUGCAGAAAUUGCAAAACAAUAUAUGGAAUUUCCCAAUAUUCCGAACUUCAUCAUGCACGGAUCAUGUGCAAAUCUGAGGAUCGUUCUUAAACGUUAGCGCAACAGCAUUGUUUCUGACUUGCUCCUGAGGGGGGAAGUGCUUCAAUAUGUACGUGAGGGAAAUCUUUGGGGAAUGCCUGACAUGAUAUUUUGGCUCUUUCUAGCCUCUGUUGGCGGCCGUUCUUUGGGUAGUUUCCUUACGACACAAAAAAACGGCUUCGUAUUAGACUAAUCAAUACUCUGAGAGAUGAAUUCUCUCUAAAAGACUAGACAAAACUAGGAUCACCUGAGUUCCGUGUAACUGACCUCCUACCCCUUCCCUAAGUCACAAUGUUUCCCUAAGCGAGAAGUAAGUGUUAAUGUUGACUUACGGGAAGGGUAGGAGGUCAGUUACCCGGAACUCAAUUGAUCUUUGUUUUGUCUAGCCUAUUCAGUUACCCACAAACUCAAAACAAGCAAGGCGUGGCGUGGGUUUAAAAAUAAUCCCCUCACUCAUUCGGGCAGUACCCUCAAGACUGAGCCGGGCCGUCCUAGACGUCGUGUCAUGACGUCUCCGACUUGUGUGAUGAUAAGCAAAGUAAAUGGAGGACGUCUAAAGUAGAGCCGACGUAUUCAAGUAAAAUUGCAAGCCCACGUGUAGGUCGACAGCAUAAACACCUUUUUCAGUUUUAGUUUCCGUUUAAUUUAUUUGCCAGAAAAAAGUAUAUAUACUUAUCUAGCCGGAUUUUUGAUAACUUUAUCGCCAAAUGGACCUUUUGAGUGGAACAGUUUUUUUGGCCAAAAACUAUCUCCAAGUAGCUAUUAUAAAAAUUAAGAGUGCAACCAUUGCUUUUUUUUUCUAUUUUUCUCCUUUCCUUCAUUUUCCUUCGUUACUAUGAUUUUGGAGCUUCUCGGGCUUAGGAAACAUGCCUUUUGACGCCUUUUCACUCAAAUGACUGAAAUUUCGUUAGGUUGGUUUUCAAAAAGUCGGCUAGAUAUACAAACAGACAUUCAAUAUAUUACAAAAAUAUUUAUUUAAAUAUUAAGGAGACGUAAAUUGUAAGAAUUCAAAGAAUUGCACUAAGGCUAAACAACAACCCUUGCAUCAAUGUCGCGAUAGUGACGCCUUUUCUCUUCUCUUUUUCUCUUUUUUUUUUUCAGAAACUACGACUGUUGUUUCUACCAGUGCCGCAAGAGCUAAUUUCAUUACCAAGUUCAUCAUUCUUUCGAACGUUGUUUUAGGUAUAGCAUUGUGCAUGAGCUGA